AUGUCUGGUUUGUUCAUCUUCAUAGCUUUGCUUCUCAGUUCUUGUACUGGAUUGUCGACAGCAACUGAUCAAACGUGUGGUAACGAAGUCGUAAACACAAUCCUCGUCGACCAAACCGGUUCAGGAAAAUACCGUACGGUUCAAGCUGCCAUUGAUUCUGUUCCUGAACCGAAUUCUCAAUGGAUCAAAAUCAUAGUAAAACGAGGUGUCUACGUAGAGAAGGUGAAAAUACCGUUGAUGAAACCGUGCAUGAUAAUAGAAGGAGAGGGACAAGGAGUCACGACAAUCACGUACAAUGCUCACGAAGCCACUGAUAGCAGCUCCACUUUCAUCUCCGAACCAUCCCAUAUCGUAGUCCGAAACUUAACAAUCAUGAAUAGUUAUAAUCGUUUGAGUCCUCUAGGUAAACCGAGUUGGAACAAAACGCAAGCCGUAGCGCUUACGGUUUAUGGAGAUAAAUCAGCGUUCUACAACUGCGAUUUCUUGGGGUUACAAGACACGUUGUGGGAUAAUAAAGGCAAACAUGUCUUCAAAAACUGUUACAUCGAAGGUGCUAUUGAUUUCAUUUUUGGUAGUGGCCAAUCUAUCUACGAGGACUGUCAUAUACAUGCAACGGCGGGAGUGUUGGCACCAAUAGUGCCGUAUGGUUACAUAACGGCUCAAGCAAGAGAUAGUCUUACGGACCCGAGUGCUUUCGUGUUCCUACGUGGACGUGUUACAGGGACGAUGAAUGUAUUCCUUGGACGAGCCUAUGGUAAUUUCAGCCGAGUCAUUUUCUUCCAAACCGAUCUCGCUUCUGUUGUAGACCCUAAGGGCUGGAACGCUUGGAACAACGCUGGCCACGAACCGUUCCUCACGUACGAAGAAGUUGAGUGUAAAGGAGCUGGAUCGUAUUUAGCUGGAAGAGUUCCUUGGAUUAACAAACUUGAUUCUAGGCACGUUAAGCAACAAUUCGCUAACUACUCUUUCAUCGACGAAGAUGGAUGGCUCUCUAAUAUUCCUCCUUUCUAA